GAUUAAUGGUUACAGAUUUAACAGUCUUUCACAACAGUGUGCUUAGACAGGAAACACAACUGGAUAUUGGGGGAAAAAAGCACAGUAACAACAGGAUGGCCUCUGUAAGUCACAUGUUACAGGUUCUGUGCAGCAGAGCCAGGCUGGUCACUUACCUCCCUGGACUCAGUGCAUUGGUGGGUCGUGUAGCAGGAACUAGAACCUUCUCAGCUGCUGGAUCCUCUGGGUCUGAUGAACCCCACAUAGCCACCACUCCCUCUGAUAUGGGACUGCGGACGGUGUGGCCUGAUGAGAGUAUGGGGCCUUUCGGACCCCUGGAUCAGCGCUUCCAGCUGCCGGGUAACAUGGGCUUUGACUGUCACCUAGAGGGACUGGCAGAGCAGAGGACCACCCCGGCUCAUAAGAUGGUCCCUGAUGUUCUCUCUGCCCCGUCCAGCAGCGACCGACAUGAAUUCAUACUGGCCCAGGUUGCCGGGGAGUUGUUUGAAAAAGAUGAUCCGCUGUCGCCUCAGAACAUGAACAGAGCUGACAAGUACUUUGACUCCAACGUGGAAUGUGCCAUUCAGUCAUGUCCUGAGCUGCUGAAGAAAGAUUUCCAGUUAAUGUUCCCCGAGGCUCCGUCUUCUGGUAUGAUGGUGGUCACCGUGACCCAGAAGACCCAGAACGACAUGACGGCGUGGUCAGCUGAGGUGGAACAGGAGAGGGAGCAGAUGCUGGACAAGUUUAUAGAUGGAGCCAAGGAAAUCUGCUACGCCCUGCAGGGGGAGGGCUUCUGGGCCGACUUCAUCGAUCCGUCUUCAGGCCUGGCGUUCUUCGGCUCGUACACCAACAACACGCUGUUUGAGACCGACGAGCGCUACCGUCAGCUGGGCUUCCAGAUCGAGGACCUGGGAUGCUGCAGAGUGAUCCGACACUCGCUGUGGGGCACACACGUUUUUGUGGGGACGAUAUUCACCAACGCACCGUCAAGCAGCCUCAUCAUGAAGAAGCUGCAGGAAAGCUGAAUAUGAUUCAAAGCCAUGUGAAAAUGAAUAUGGACUGGUCAUCUGAGCGGCUGCUAUUCCUAAUUCCAGCCUCAAUAAAACCCUCUAAGAACAGGUGAACCUUAGCCGUGUGUGUAUACGUAGUAGACGACUUCUAUUUAAAGGUACAAGUCUUUGUUGACCAAAACUGUUGACAUGAAAUGUGAUCACAUUAAAUCUCUAGUUUUGUUUUUAAA